CUUUUUAAAAAAAAAAUAAUAUUAUGCACAUGAUGCAUAGAUAAAUAGUGUUAUACAGAAAUCAAUUUAGUGUUUUGAAAUACCUAUACUCAAAAACUGCGGAUUUACUUAACCUGCUAGUUUUAUUUUAACUUAAUCAUGGAAAAGCAACUAAGAUCGAAAAACACUAAAGUAUUUGUGAAAAUUUUGCCAGUUGAAAACAUGUCUCACGAAAAUUUGAAGAUUGAAACUAACUACAAGGUAAUGUAUGUCCGUCGCCUGCAAGAUUUCGGGAAGGGUGCCAUGCAAUUCAGCACACUGCCUUCCUUCUGGAGAUUCCAGACUGAUGGAAUAUUUUUCAAUGCCAGUCAAGAAGAAAUUUAUGCAUCUGUAAUGGAAGAUGUCGUGGAGAGUGCAUUGCGUGGGUGUGAUUCUGUCGUGUUGGCGAACGGACAAACUGGAAGUGGAAAGAGCUAUACUAUAAGCGGUGGACUGAGUCAGUGUCAGCGAGGCGGCUUACUGCCGAGACUGCUGGCACACCUGUUCGGCAAGCGAGAAGACCUGCAGCUCGAAGCAUCCGUCUCGCUGGCCCUGUCCAUGGUCGAGAUCCGGGACGGCAAGCUGACAGACCUGCUCGGGACGCCACAGUCCGUCGCGCGGCGCGAUGCGCUGAAGGCGGUGACGGUGGUCCCUGUGCACAGCGACGCGGAGGCCGCGAAGCUGGCGCGGCGGGGGGACUCGAGGCGGUGCGUCGCCGCCGGCGCCCCCUACCCCAGCUCGCACGUCGCGCACUCGGUCGCCACGGUCCACGUGGAGAGCCGGUCGCUCGUGAGGUCUGCCCCCACCACCGCCCGGGCCAAGAUACACCUAGUGGACAUGGCUGGUGUGAACCUGGUCACGAAGCAAGCCUCCGCAUGGCUGGACCAUCACCAAAUCAGCGGUGCCAACCUGGACCGGCUACUUCUCGGCCGCUACCUGGACCAACUGCGUGCCGCGCCUUCCACAGUCUGCUCAAGAACGUCCAGCACUCUGAUUCGUUACCUGGGGGACUCCCUGGACCCAGCGUCGGUGCUGCGGUAAUUUCCCGCAUCGGAACUAUCGAGUUGCAAUAAAAAAUACAAAGAGACAUCUCAUUAACAUUUUUUGUGGUUGGAGUAUAAGCAUCACCAAUGAUUAGGAGCUGGAAAAAUUAGCAUCUAUUUACCCCCCAUAAUUAGCAUAUAUUA